AUGCCAUCUGGACAUGGAUGGCACCUUUCUGGACUUGAUCAUGAGACCGGACGCUACAUAAGCACUGUUCCGGAUGUCUUAGAUCACCUUCAACAGCUCUCUUCUAAUAUCUCUGCACUUCUCAAUGUUCUCAGCCGCAAGCGAACAACCACGGACCCAAACACCCGGCUUGCACACACGCGGAUUAUCUCUGUCUCUCGAACUCUUCUUCGUGUAUCUGGAGUCUCGACUGCAUUGCUACAAACCCUCUUAUUGCAUGCAAAAGACGAUGUCGAUGACAACAAGCUGUGUCACAACUUAGAUGCCAUUGCGCAUGAGCUGCUCGACGCUGUUGCAGCAGUAGAUGAAAUGGAGAAAGAUGCUGUGAAUGUAGGAUACAAAUUCAUCCCAGAGAACUUUUUGACCGGCCCCCAGGCAUUCUACAUACCUCUCGAGGACACGUGUGGCAUCAAUGCUGCACUGUUUUGCAAACGCACACGAGACGCACUCAUGAAUCCAUCAUUCUUCGCCAGUAUACAUACCUACGACAAUCCUGAGCCACGCCGUAUGAUGACUGCCACCAUAAGUCCGUCACCGGCAUUUUCUCCUGGCAACCAGCAGAAACGUCGGCAUCAAUACUCUGUAGCGACAGUGAAAAUGGACUCUGGCAUCAUGGAGUUGUUGGAUAGAAAGACGUGGGAGCAGAGCGUACGUGAUAGAGUGGCGAGGUUGCAAGAAGUGUAUGGCCUCCUGGAUUAUGUCUCAGACUUAGACGAAGUCUGA